AUGUUAAGAAUUGUUUCUAAAACUGCUUUAAAAAGUCAUGAACUUGUAAAAAGACAGCUUGCAAUUUCAAAUGAAAAUAUUAUCAUUAUUGAUUCUAGUGAAGAUGAAGAUGUUAAUACUAAUCAGGAUAUUUUUGUUAAAAAUGACAAAAAAGUUCUUAUUUUUGCACCAAAUCAAUAG